AUGAGCAGGCACCCAGCCUACCCUGUGCAAAGCACCGCCCAUGCUUUCCCUUAUUUGAUCAGUUUGACAUCACUGAAACUGUGUCUAAUUAUUUUUUCUAGGACUGGUUGGAAUAUUGAGAAGCUCCUGCAAGCUCUUCUUCCUAAAGCCGUUAAGAAGAUCAUUAGUAUUCAUGUUGAUUUUGAAGGGAAUUUGCCUUUUACUUGUAUCUGGGGACCCACUUCAAAUGGAACUUUUUCAUGUAAAGUCUACUAUGAGCUAUCUAUUGGUUCUUCUUGGAAUUUCAUUUGGAAAUUGAAGAUUCCUCCUCGUGUUAAAGUGUUCAUUUGGCUCCUUACUCAAAAGAAGAUCUUAACUAAUGUGCAAAGAACUAUUGUCGAGUAUCUUCUUGAGUGGGAUAAGGCCAAUAACCUUUUAAAGAAGGAAGGAUUUUAUGCUAAUCUUGGUCAUGGUGAGGUCUUUAUGGUUGAAGCUUGGGCCAUCUCCAAGGGUAUAGGAAAACAAAAUAGGCAAGAGUGUACUACGUAG